GCGCCGAGGGUGACUGGACUUGCGGUGGGCUUCCAGAGCUCCGCCGCGCUGCCGGUUGUGUUAGCUAGAUUCGGGAGGGCGGAAGUAUAGCUGGGCUCGGCUCCGACCUCCGCGACGUGCUUUCUGCGGCUGCGCGGGCUCUCAGGACUCUUUGCUCCCGCGUAUCUGCAGGACAGUGUGUCAGGCACGCAGAGCCCGGUGCCCAGCGUCCUCACCGGUGCGGCAAGCCGGAGAGAAGCCGGCGCUUCGGUUUGGCUUUGGUUGAAUAAGGAAUUUAGCCUAUAUGUACUGCUUUAACCACUGGAAGAAUGACAGAUGACAAAGAUGUGCUCCGAGAUGUGUGGUUUGGACGAAUUCCCACUUGCUUCACUCUGUAUCAAGAUGAGAUAACUGAAAGGGAAGCAGAACCAUAUUAUUUGCUUUUGCCAAGAGUAAGUUAUUUGACGUUGGUAACUGACAAGGUGAAAAAGCACUUUCAGAAGGUUAUGAGACAAGAAGACAUUAGUGAGAUAUGGUUUGAAUAUGAAGGCACACCCCUGAAAUGGCAUUAUCCAAUUGGUUUGCUAUUUGAUCUUCUUGCAUCAAGUUCAGCUCUUCCUUGGAACAUCACAGUACAUUUUAAGAGUUUUCCAGAGAAAGACCUUCUGCACUGUCCAUCUAAGGAUGCAAUUGAAGCUCAUUUUAUGUCUUGUAUGAAAGAAGCUGAUGCUUUAAAGCAUAAAAGUCAAGUAAUCAAUGAAAUGCAGAAAAAAGAUCAUAAGCAGCUUUGGAUGGGACUACAAAAUGACAGAUUUGACCAAUUUUGGGCCAUCAAUCGGAAACUUAUGGAGUAUCCUGCAGAAGAAAAUGGAUUUCGUUAUAUCCCUUUUAGAAUAUAUCAGACAACGACUGAACGCCCUUUCAUUCAGAAACUGUUUCGUCCUGUGGCUGCAGAUGGACAGCCACAUACACUGGGCGAUCUCCUCAAAGAAGUUUGUCCUUCUGCAAUUGUUCCUGAAGAUGGGGAAAGAAGGAAUCAAGUGAUGAUUCAUGGAAUUGAGCCAAUGUUGGAAACACCUCUGCAGUGGCUAAGUGAACAUCUGAGUUAUCCGGAUAAUUUUCUUCAUAUUAGCAUCAUCCCCAAACAAACAGAGUGAAGCACCGACUCCUGGUCUGGAAGGAAUCGCCCUGAAACAGGAUUUACCAGAGCAUGUCACUCUUUGAUUCAAUCAGGUUUGGUGGAGGCAACCUGACCAGAAACGCUUUGCUGCUGCAAGCCAAGCAGGAAAGAGAUUCCAUGUCAGAUAAGGCAAUUGGGCUGGUCUUGCUUUGCAUCACCUCUGCUUUCCUCCACUGCCGUCAUUAAACCUCAGCUUCAACGUGAAAGACUUAACAGGGCCACUGCAGGUCUUCUGUUUUCUUGUAAAAUAUAAUGAAGCUGAAACCUUUGGCCUGAGGAGACAAUGGAAAUAUGUGCCACUCAGUUUGUAUUUCUGAUUAACAAAUAAACAGGGGUAUUUCCUAAGGUGACCAUGAUUGAACUUUAGCUCAACAGAAUGGAAACAUUGGUUGAAUUUUCAAGAGAAUUAGACUUAAGAAAGUAAAAGAGAAAUUCUGUUAUCAAUAACUUGCAGUAAUUUUUUGUAAAAGAUCAAAUUACAGUAAACCCAUCUUUCCUUAAUGAAAAUUUCCUAUGUUUACAGUCUGUCUCUUGGUAUGCAAACAAUCUUGUACUUUGAUAAUGAACAGUGAGAGAUUUUUAAAUAAAGCCUCAAAAUAUG